AUGGAAAAUGAUACCUUUCCCGCUGGUCUUCUGGGUACAUCCUACUCCGCUCGCCAUGAAUACGGUCUCUACCGUUCCUGCGCCGUAACCUCAUACUACACCUUCACCCCCAUCCAGCCGACCCAGCCCAUCAAUCCCAUCCAAGAAUUGACACCACGCCUCUCACGUGCAUUAACCCAAACCAUCGAAAAACACCCCUCACUCUGCUACGGCCUCCUACCCGCCUCCAAACCCCGCGCUCUCCCUGCGCGCUUCAAGAGACUUUCCCAGAUCUGCUGGGAGGACAUCGUAUCUAUAUCCUCUUCUUCUGAGACAACAUUUUCCCACACACAGGAACCAGCUCAAGCUCAAGCUCAAGCUCAAGCUCAACUUUCAACACUAGAAACGCGCAUUAGCGAGGAAGUAGCAUCUGCUCACGAGCAGCUAUUCCAAGAUCAAGAAACUACACCUGCGUGGAAACUUCGGGUGUUGAUUUAUGGCAUGGGACAGGGAGACGCUACAUAUAGAGUCUACAUAGUAUUUCUCGCGAACCAUGCGAUAGCCGACGGACUAAGCUGUGCCGCGUUCCAGCGCACGUUGCACGAGCAAUUAUGUCUAGCUGCUACGACAGAAACACUCGAGACGAGCGCGAGUGCCAGUGCGUGGCCAUAUGUGGUGCCGGCAACGGUAGGGAAACCCAUAGCUAUUGAGGACGCGAUGGACAUAAGUCCGCCGGGAUUCGAAACAUUCGAUAUAGAUAUACACCCUCCUUCUCCUUCAGAGCAUGAGAAGGAAACGCUAAUAUGGACGGGCAACUUCCCGUGCAUGCCCACCAUCGAAUCCUAUACAUCUCUCAUGCUUCUGAUCACCGUUCCCGCCGAGCGCGUCGCACGCAUUUUGGAAAUCAGUCGCCGGUUGAAAAUAACCGUCACGGGCUAUCUGCAUGGUUUAAUCAUCAGCUAUCUGGCGCGCACAACUGUUACUGAUGACCAAUUUGGGUUGAAAGCCGGUACGCCCUACUCGCUGCGAAAAUAUAGCCAAUUACCGCUGGGUGAUAUGGCAAACCAUGUUUCGUCUAUCACCAGCGAGUGGGAUGCCGAAUUAUUGCAGCGUAUGCGUCGUACCAAGGAAGAAUCGCUCGAGGAAGAAGAACUGAUUACCGAGAUUGGGAGGAAAGUAUCCCAGCAGAUAUCUAGCGAGCUGAAGAAGAUAGAAGAAGGGGGAGGAGUGCCACUCCAUAGGAAAGUGAAAAGUAUAGUUGACUUGGACACUUAUUGUCGCGAGGGACUGUUGGCUGCAAGAUCGGAAACGUAUGAAUUGUCGAAUUUGGGAGUUAUUAGGAUGAAUAAGGUUCCGGAAAAAGAAGAAAAAUCGUUGAUACUUGAUGGACUGAUCUUUUCACAGUGUGGAAUGGUGCUGGGUCCGCCUAUUGGUUACACGGCUGUAAAUCUGGAGGGGGGACCUUUAGUCGUUAGUUUGACGUGGCAGAAAGGCGGGGUGGAGGAUGAUGUUAUGGGAGGGUUGCAGUUGUUUUUGAAGGAUAGAUUGGGUGUGUAG